AUGCAUGUCAGGCGCCGCACCGCUGGCGGCUGGGCGCACCACCUGCCAUUUCCUGGCGUGUCGGGGGUCAGCGGCUGCAGCCCAACAGCGGCCCGCUGCUUUGCAACUGAGGCAGGCAGCCGGGACCGGCUUCCCGCCAACGGCGCCCUGCAUGCGGCGUCGCAGCCGCUGGACAAUCCGAGCACCCCAAGCAAGGGCAGGCGGACAACCACCCCUCAGCCCGCUGCAGCUAGGCCUGGCGUGCCACGGCCACCAGCCCGGCCCCCGCGUGUGUCGAGGUCGACGUCGACGCAGCCGCCGGCGCCGACACCCGAGCAGCAGCCUCAGCAGCCAAAUCAGCCACAGCAGCCACAGCCGCCGCCAGCACGAGCGCGAAGGCCAAAGGCGCCCACAGAGCAGCCCACAAUGCCAGCGCGCGUGCCAAGAGCUGGGGUUCAGCUGCUGCAGCAGAACGGGUAUCCACCACCGGGCUCCCAGCAACCGAGUCAACAGCACCUGGGAGACCAGUCGCAGGCGCAGCAGCAGAUGUAUGUGCAGCGGCAGGAGCAGCAGCAGCAGCAGCAGCAGCAGCAACAAGCUUACCAGCAGCCGCAGAGGCAGGGACAGCCGCAGCUGCAGCAGCAUGCUCCAUCCUACUUGCCACAGCAGGGGCUUCAGCACCCAACCCAGCCACCACAACUGCCACCAUCGCCGCUGGCCCCACCGCUGCCGCAGCAGCAGCAGCACUGGCACCCCCACCUCAACGAGCAGCAGCAGCAGCAGGGAUAUUCGCAGCCGCCGCAGCAGCAGGGAUACGUGCAGCCGCCGCCGCAGCAGCAGCAGCAACCUCCACAGCAAUGGUACCAGCAGCCUGCAACGCUGCCGCCGCAACAGCAGCAGGAGGGAUACUUGCAGCAUCAGCCGCAGUAUCACCACCAACACCAACCGCAGCAGCAGCAGCAGCAGCAGCACCCGCAGGUCAAUUCACAUUUGAGUGGACGUGCGGGCAGCAGCGGCGGCAUUACAGCUCCCCCAGGCGGCUGGCAGAAGCUUCCUACUGAGAUGGACGAACGAGAGCGGUUGGAGGCGCUGUGCGACUUGCUGGAGGAGGAGUGGGACUCGGAGCCGCUGCCGCAGCUCAAGCCAGGGUCCACCGUGCGCGCCACAUGCCCCCAGUGUGGCAACGGCGCCCACAACGAGGACUGCUUUGCAGUUACGACCACCCAAGACGCGCUGUCGGUCCUGUGGUGCUGCCACCGCGCCAAGUGCGGCUUCAAGGGCGGCCGCAGCCUGCUGGGCGACGCCGGCGUCAGCCGCGCCGCCGAGGGCGCUGGCGGCGGCCCCACAGGCCUCAACGGGUACGGCGGCAGCGGGAGCAGCUACGGCUACGGCGGCGGCGGCGGCAUGGGCGCCGCGGCGGCGCUCGUGCAGCGGCUCGCGCGGCCGGAGGGCGGCGGCGGUGGCGCCGGCCCUGCCUACGGCGCGCACUCGGGCCUCGGCGCGGCGCAGGCGUCGCCGUCCGCGCCGCCGCCGCCGAUCAAGGCGGACCUUGUUGAGCUGUCGGAAGAGUUUGUUCAGUGGUUUGAGCGCGAGAGGGGCAUCAGCAGGCGCACCCUGCAGGAGAACCGGGUGAUGAUGGACGCGCAGGCCCGCCCGCCUCCCCGGCAAGGCGGCGGCGCGGGCUGGCAGCGGCAGGGGCCGGCGGGCCCGGACGCUCGGACGGCGUGA